CCGGGCGUGCCUGCUGCCUUUUGCUGGUUUCCUCACCACGCCAAAUUCCCAUCUUCCCAUUUCACCGGUCAUUGUAACAAAGCUCCAACAAGGUGUUUUGACUGUUUUCAAUAUUCUGUUUGCCCCAGGCCGCGACAUCGCCGAGUCGAACCGCACGCUCUCCAUCUGGACCUCGUGACUCGGCGACGUCGUACAUGAUAGCAACCCAAAGCCACGGUGUGGACCAGCCAUGGUCAACCCAGUCGACAAUGACUGCCAGUGGAUAUGCUGCCGAUGCGAAGGAGGAGCCCUCCACGGCGGUGAAUUCGACAUUGGUCCAUCGCCAGGCGACGGUCGACUUCGAGGACACCACUAUCCAUCAGCCAUAUGGCCAAAACAACUUUUCUACGGAGGCUUUCUGGCUGGAUUGGGCCUGGAACGAUUUACCCCCCAGCCAGCUCGGUGGGACCAUCACCUUUGACGCCCUUGCCAAUCAGCGCUUCCCCGACUCAUGGUCGGCUGAAGCCACAGGAUCGCACUGGGUGACGUCGUCCGUGCCGUCCUCCACAGGGACCAGCCUCUUUGGCUCACCCAGGCUCCAAGAGGUGUCCCUGUUCCUGCUGCCCACCUCCGAUUCCGGUGCCUCACACCUCAGCCCUCAUGGAUGCCAAAUGGCACCUUGCCUCGAUUACUCCCCGCCCUGGACAUGCUUCAGCAUCGCGUCCGACAAUGCGACUGGGUGCCAAAGCUCAAUGUCCGGGUGGAACAAUCCGACCACAGCGCCAUGGGCAGACCACCGGCGGCAGACAACGCCUUCCCCUAGCAGUCUCGACCGAUGCGGUUCGCCAUUCCACCACGGCGAAGUCAAGCCAGACGAAGACUCCCUGCAAUCAUACUGCGAUUCCGCCACGUGCCGCCGAAGCGACACGACGUGGUCUCACAAUGUCUCUGGGACCGAUACGUCCAAAUUUCCUUUUUCGGCUCAACGAACCAGCAUCCGUGGACGGUUAUCGAUGACUGGACCAGGUCGAAUAUGGGCAAUGAUGGCAGGAGUGGCCGGGGGGAUUCAUGGCUGGGUGGUCCGCCAACUGUGCCUUGGCUCGGUUCGGACCCGCAAGGCGAUGGCUCUGCGUAUCUGAAGUUACGCGGAUGGAAGUCUUGACACAGACUUCCCGACCUGGGACCACGUCGUUAAACUGAUCCACAUCUGCCGCCGCCGCCGCCAGCAUUCCCGUACUUUUUGCACG